CUGGAGCAGUCGACGACCACAUGAUCCGGGCCAAAGCGGUCAGCGAGAAGGAGGUGGACUCCGGCAAUGACAUCUACGGCAAUCCCAUCAAAAGGAUCCAGUAUGAAAUCAAGCAGAUAAAGAUGUUUAAGGGGCCUGAGAAGGAUAUCGAGGUCAUCUUCACAGCCCCCUCCUCGGCCGUGUGUGGGGUCUCGCUGGAUGUUGGAGGCAAGAAGGAGUACCUCAUUGCAGGCAAGGCAGAAGGGGAUGGCAAGAUGCAUAUCACCCUGUGUGACUUCAUCGUGCCCUGGGACACUCUGAGCACCACCCAGAAGAAGAGCCUGAACCACAGGUACCAGAUGGGCUGCGAGUGCAAGAUCUCGCGCUGCCCUAUGAUCCCAUGCUACGUGUCCUCGCCGGACGAGUGCCUGUGGAUGGACUGGGUGUCGGAGAAGAGCAUCAACGGCCACCAGGCCAGGUUCUUCGCCUGCAUCAAGCGGAGCGACGGUUCCUGUGCUUGGUACCGCGGCAGCGCGCCCCCCAAGCAGGAGUUUCUGGACAUCGAGGACCCGUAGGCGGCGCCCCGCCUGGGCCAAGGAGGAGCCCCCAGGGCCUCAGACUGGCCUGCGUCCACACCUUCCUGGGAGCAGCAGGACAAGGCGGGGGCCGCGGCACCCUUUCCCUUUUCCGCCCCCGGCUGUGUGUCUGCACGGGGAGGGGCCGGGGUCUCACUCCACACCAAGCCCCUUCCCUAAGCGUCUCCAUCCUCUGACCUCCCCCUCCUCCGCCGCCUUGGCACCGGGUCGGCGCUGACCGGGCCCGCACCGGGGGGCCUCCCUGGCCUGGAAACAGGCAUUUUGCAGAAAUUUUUGAGGGUCGUCAUGAGACUGUGUAGCAGGUCUACCAGGUCCCUUUCGUCUUGAGAGGGGCAUGUCCCUCGUUUCCUGCAGCUUCCUUGCCCCGCCCGUUUUGUGUACCCAGAGCAGCAGUUCCCACCCCUCGCCAGUGCCCGCUCUUCAACACCCCAAAUCCAGGAGAUGGACCUCCUCUAAAGAACCCCAAUCCUAUCAAGGACAUGAUUUCACCUGGAGCAAUGAUGAGGAGACUGCGGCUGUGGGGACCCUUCCCCUCCCCCCACGUACACAUAUACACACCCAUACACAGACUCCCUGGGGGGAACCUGCCUGAGUUUGCUCCCAGGGCAGGGUCGUAAAGGGACCCUUGGGGGACCAUAGAAUUCAAUUCUGGGCCUCUGGGCCUACUUUCCUCUUCCCACACCUGCAGAGCCAGGCCCCCACCAGAGCAGCAGAGCUUGGCUCAGCCUGGUUUGUGUACCGGGCACCCCGUUUGCACAUUCUGAGGACGUGAACACCCCAGUCCUGCUGGGCCCCCGACAGCCCAGGAGGGCGCCGGACCCAGCACAUGGCCUAGGCUCAGCAUUAUCUUCAUCUGGGGCGGCCCCUCGCUCGCUGCCCACCCCAAAUUAGCUAAGGGCAUUAUGCAGCCCCCGCCCCCAGGAAAAGGUUUGGGUGGAAGGUGGCUGUUCUCACUGGACAGCCACCCCCCCAUCCCCCCUCCAUGGCCUGCUUUCAGAAACAGCCCCCCUGUAGACGAGGGGCCCUCAGGUGGGGUCCAGUUGCUUCUACUUCCUAUAAGACAAGGACUGCCCCAGGAGAAAGAGGGCUCCACCUGUUCCCAGAAAGACAACCCCAUGGCAACGGGCCGAGGCAGAAGUGCCCAGCCCUGGCCAGCGUGGGAAGGAUGUGAGAUCCCUGAAGACGCAUGCGUAGGAUAUAAACGCACGCGCAUGCACACAUAACACAGGCAGGCGGCCUGUGAGUAGGCCUGCUCCUAAGCAUGCUCCGUCCUGCAGCGACCUUCAAGGCCCUUCCGAGACCCCCUACUGCCGCUCUCUGCUCCAGGGCCUGCUUUGGACCAGUGUCUUCCUUCCUCGGGGACACACGGGGGACUGUCCACACACCAGCCCUUGCUCCCCAGAGCAUUUCUGCGCUGGACGGUGAUGGAGAGCUCAUCAGGUGUCCCUGUGAUGCCCGCAGACUCCAAUCGCUCCAGUAUAACAGCCCCGCCCCAUCUGCUUGCUGUAGGGUGAUACCAUCCGUAACAUUUUCUCUUGUCUGCGCUGGGUUACCUGUCCGUUGUGAAUGCCUGGGUUGGUGUUUAGUAUUUGAGACCCUCUGUAACCAUCCCUGUGCCCUAUGUCUUACUACCCUUGGUAGGUGUCAGACUUGCACUAUUUUCUUUUUCUUUUUAAUAAUUAAAAAGACAAAAAAGGUGACAUGUUCGGCACCAUAGAAGCCUCUGACCCAAAGCAGAUGCAGCACCAGGGCUGCGGAGGUGGAGGGCCUUCGGAUUGAGCUCUCCCCACCCCCACGGGGCUCCCCGUCAUGCUGAGCAGAGAGCCCGACAGCAAACAAGACGCGAUCGGAGAGCUGGGGGCAGCCGCCGGACAGAGCCCCUCCAAGACCCUCCCCAGGAAAUUGUUGUGCCGUGUAUGUACAGUUUCAGAGGCCCCCCCCCCUUGGGCUGGUUUUUUUAUGAGUUUAGAUUCAAACACUGCUCCUGCCUCCCUUCAUGCAAGCAACUCAAAAGUAUUUAAAAUAAAGUUUACAUGAUAGCUA